GAGUAGCGGUGAAUUCUAUGAUACAAAAUAUUAUAUUAGUAGUUAAAACAAUAGAACAAUUUAAGUAAUAUUAUAGAAGAAACGGUCAAUAUGCCAGAGCAUACUCCAGCACCCACACCGGCAAGGUCACUAUAUGGGUUCUUUAUGUAUUUAUUUAGUCAAACAAUGAUGUUUAUAUAUUUUAUAUGGGCAAUUACUCCAGAUUCCUGUCUUCAUUACUUCAAUAUUUAUUACUAUCCACAAAAGUAUUGGUCCACAGCUGUGCCCAUACAAUGUUUAGUAGCAUUAACUAUUUUUGCAUUUUUAAUAUAUCCUAGUUCUAAUUUGAUGUUAACUGCUAACAUAGAUAGUAUUAGUACCAUAACUGAUCCCCAUGCUCAUUACACUUGUGAAAGAAAUGAAACUAAUGAUAAUAUAAACGAACAGUGUGUAUGUAUUGAUGUAAAUAAAUGUGUAAAGAACUCUCACAUAACUUCAGAAGAAGAGCUGGAAGAAAAUACAGUGCCUCCAUUACAUGAUCUAAAUAUCCGCUUAGUUUGUAAGAAAUUGUACUUCAAAGAAUACCUAUAGUAGGUACCUAAGGUUUUUAAGUACCUAAAAUAAAUCCUUGUUACAAAAAA